AAGGAAAUAAAAUAAAAGGUGUGAGAGAAUCUGGUGGGCUUUAUGCUGUGAUAUAGCUGUCUUUUUGAAUGAAUGAAUUAUUCAAGCCCACUCUGCGCCUCUUCCAUCUCUCUAUAUCGCUUCACGCAGCCAUCAUAAACUCUCACCACUUCUUACACUCGCAACUUGAAAAUCCCUAGAAACUAGAAAGCAAAAACCCUCACACUCUCCAUAACGCAAAGCUGCUGCAUUUUCCUCACUCACAUUCAGAUCUCAACUUGAAAAAGAAAAGGAAAAGGAAAAUCAAAAUCCCACCAAGUUGAAAAGAGAAAAAUAGAAAAGAAAUUCAACUUUUGUAUAUCAAUGCGGCAUAUGAUAUGAAGAAGGAAAAUCAAAACGUUUCCGUUGUAGCUGUCCUCACUGCAUUGUUGUUUGCAGGCACAUUGUCAUCAGUGUGUGCCUCCAACUCCAAGCAAACAAGUUUCAGUGGCGAACUCAGCCAUGUGGAAACCAUGUACAUCAAGCAGCGGCAGUUGCUCUACUACAGGGACGAGUUCGGUGACAGAGGAGAGAAUGUCACUGUAGACCCUUCCCUGGUUUUUGAGAACCAGCGCAUUAGGAACGCCUACAUUGCCUUGCAAGCAUGGAAGCAAGCCAUUGUUUCCGAUCCUCUGAACUUCACAGCAAACUGGGUAGGAUCUGAUGUGUGCAGCUACACUGGGGUCUACUGUGCACCCGCACUGGACAACCCUAAGAUCCGCACCGUUGCUGGCAUUGAUCUGAACCAUGCGGAUAUUGCUGGCUACUUACCGGAAGAGCUUGGUCUCUUGGUGGAUCUUGCUCUCUUCCAUAUUAACUCAAACAGGUUCUGUGGCACAUUACCGCACCGCUUCGAUAGGCUCAAGCUCUUGUUCGAAUUGGAUCUCAGUAACAACCGCUUCGCCGGCAAGUUCCCUGCUGUCGUAUUGAGACUCCCAACCCUCAAGUUCUUGGAUCUGAGGUUCAACGAGUUCGAAGGUGGGGUUCCCAGAGAGCUCUUUGACAAAGAUCUUGACGCCAUUUUCAUCAAUCACAACAGGUUCGUCUUUGAAAUUCCUGAUAACUUGGGAAACUCGCCGGUUUCCGUUAUUGUGUUGGCCAACAACAGGUUCCACGGUUGCAUCCCUGCCAGCAUUGGGAACAUGUCGAACCUCAACGAGAUCAUUCUCAUGAACAAUGAGCUCAGAGCGUGCUUGCCUUCCGAGAUUGGCUUGUUGAAGAACCUCACAGUCUUUGAUAUCAGCUUCAACCAGCUCUUGGGACCAUUGCCGGACGCCAUUGGAGGAGCUGUGAGCUUGGAGCAGUUAGACGUAGCGCACAACUUGCUCUCUGGGAACAUUCCGGCCAGUAUUUGCAUGCUGCCACAUCUUCAGAACUUCACUUAUUCUUAUAACUUCUUCACAGGGGAGCCGCCGGCGUGCCUGAGGCUGGCAUCGUUUGAUGACCGGACGAACUGCUUGCCGGGAAGGCCGUUGCAGAGAUCCGCGGCCCAAUGUAGGUCGUUCUUGUCUAAACCUGUGGACUGUAACUCGUUUGGAUGCAAGCCAUUUGUUCCUUCCCCUUCACAUCCUUCGCCUCCUUCUUCACCUUCUUCACCUUCACCCUCACCCUCUUCACCGCCUUCUAUUCCUUCACCUUCUCUGCCUUCUCCCUCUUCGCCACCGUCUACCCCUUCGCCUUCUCCCCCCAAUGCACCUGGACAAGCUCCUCCUCCAUCAACUCCUACUCCCAUACCUUCUCCACCUAGAAGCGAACCUUCCCCAAUUUAUAGCACCGCGACCACAUCAUCCACCGGUCCACUAUAGUUCACCACCACCGCCACCGGCACAAUAUAGUUCACCACCACCGCCACCGGCACAAUAUAGUUCUCCACCACCCCCUGUCCAUUACAGUUCACCACCACCACCAACGCCUGUUCAUUAUAGUUCUCCGCCGCCACCAGCAUCAUCACCACCCUGCGAAGAAACUCCACCAUCUCCGACCCCUUCCCCACCACCAUCCCCUGUAUAUGAAGGGCCAUUGCCACCUGUCGUCGGAGUCCC